UAACCAACAAGCCAACCAACCAGCUAACGACUCAAUCUCGCGGACGGUCAAGGGCUCAAGGCCAUGGAUAACCCAUCCCUAAUCGGCGCUGUCGUUCGCGGAGCAUGCGAGGCUGGCGGUGGAGGCGGCGGCGGAGGCGGUGGCAUUGUAUUUGUUCCGAUCGGCCAUCGCUUCGGGAACUGCGACGCUAUCCCCUGCGACCAGGCCAAAAUUUUGUGUUUGUGCUGCUGCUGCUGCUGCUUCCUAUGGGCCGUGCUUUCCAUCUCCUCCGCUGGCGUGAUCAUCCACGCGUUGCCUGCACCCGUCGACACCACGUUCGAGAAGUGGGCCGUCGUCUGCGACGCGCCGCAUUGUGCAGACGUCGCCAAAGAGAUGUUCUACAAGGGCGGCGCCAUCGGGGACGCCGCCGUGGCCGCGCUGCUGUGCAUGGGCGUCACCGCACCACACGUCACCGGCAUCGGCGGUGGUCUAAUGGCCGUCCUGUACAACAAGUCCACGAUGAAGGUUCAAGCCUUGGACGCCCUGGGAGUGUCUCCGGCAAGCGUCACACCGGAUAUGUUUUCAACCAACGCGUCGGCGUUGAAACGCGGUGCCAACGCUGCGAUCGUGCCGGGCGCGCUGGCCGGGUUGAAGGCUCUGCACGCCAAGGCGGGCAGGCUUCCCUGGAAGGCCGUGUUCCAGCCGGCCAUCCGCUUGGCCAAGGAGGGCUUCACCGUCGGAUCGCACCUUGCCGCCGCCCUGGCGAAUAAUAAGAAUGUACUGAGAGUGUCGGCUUCCCUCAGGAAGCGAUUCUCCAACAACGCCACCGGCGCUCCGUUGCGCAGCGGGGACAAGCUCGUCCAGGCGCAACUCGCCAAGCUGCUGACGAAGCUGGCCGAACACGGCUCGGAGUACCUUUACCAGCAUGAGCUCGCCGACGAGAUCGAACAGAACAUUGCGGACGCCGGUGGGUCCCUCAAGAAAAGCGACCUGUCCGGAUACCAACCCGUGUGGCAGGAUCCGCUGUCUUCCAGGAUAGGGGACAGCCAGCACAUACACUCGGCUCCCAUUCCGGGCGCCGGCGUUGUGUUAGCCGUGGCCGUCCACAGUAUACACGUGGCCGUGAGGUCCCACGAAGAGACUGAGGGAACGCCAACAUAUCCCACCAUGUCUCCUGCCAGGAUACACCAUUUCGUGGAGGCCUUGAAGUUUGCCCUGGCAAAGCGGCCGGAGCUUGGAGACGAUCGAAACGUCAAAGACAGGCAGACCAGCAUAGUGACCGACGUAAUAGGAUUCGCUGCGCAAAAUUACGUGAAGACGAAGCCCCUGGCAUCGCCACAAGAUUACGGCAUCAAGUACGCGCCCGACGAGGACUUUGGCGGCGCGCAGCUGACUAUCGUCGCGCCCACCGGCGACGCUCUGUCUGUCACGUCCGGGCUCAACGGAAUGUUCGGCAGUGGCUUCGAGUCCUCGUCCGGACUUCUGCUCAAUAAUUACAUGGACGCAUUCGCCAAGCCUGGAAAGCACUUCAAUCUGGACCCAUCACCGGCGAACCAGUUGGGUCCCGGCAAGAGGCCCAUGACGUCCAUGGUCCCCACCAUCAUCACCAAGUUCGCCACGCCUUCCGAGCUGGUGGGCGCCUUCGGUGGCAGCGGAGGCCUCCCGGCCAUCUCUGCAGUGGCGCAGCUUAUCACCUGCGUUCGCAAGUACACGCUGCCUCGCUGCGUGUGGAACGAUACGCGUGUGCAGCCCACCUUUCGUUCUACUAAGCCCAACUCUGUGUUUGCGGAGCCCAGGACCGAGCACUUCGACCCGAUAUCCCUUCUUCGCAACCUGGGCGACAGCGUUACAGAGAAGACCAUCAUGUCUGCAGCCACGGGCAUCAUCGUCACGAAGAGCGGCUCUCUUCUUGCACCCAGUGACACGAAGCAUGUUGAUGGCAGCCGCUCGGGAGGAUGAGCAAAAUAACAUCGCUCCUACGACGACGGAAGAAAAAAGAUGGAAAAAAAAGUCGUUUGCUUUCGCCUCAAAAUACCUUACUUCCGGGCCAUUCACUAAGACAGGGACCCUUCGUCUCAAUUAUUACGCACCCUUAUGUGGCAGAGAAGAGAUGUAGGGGAAAUUUUAGUUCUCCAUCGAAAGCUUAGUGGCAGUUGCUACUACUCGAUGAAAGGUAAUUUCUAAUUUGCAGUUUGCGACGCUUCUGAAUAAAAUCUUCAUCCACGACUGGA